AUGGUUCAAGCAACGGGCGAAGAGCGCGCUGUUCACCUGGCACGGGAGGCUGUCGAGCUAUUUGACGCUGGCCACCGCGAGGCUGCUUCUCGCAAUCUCCGAGAAGCGCUCUCCAUUACGAAGGACAACCCCGACGUGAAAGCCGCUUUUCUUAAAAUCCAACAAGAAGAAGAAAGUGGCCACCCGCUCCUCGACCUCUGCCGCCGUUACACAACCCGCAAGGAUGAGACUGCUGGAAAGGAGGCCGCCGCAUACCUCCGUACAGAUGGCUUGAAGCCUCCAGAGAAUGUGGCGCUAGAGUCGCUGAAAUUGCUGUUGGACCAGCGGGCGCAUGCCCUGUCAGAGCUUCAGGAUGAAAUCAUUUCGGGGCUCGUACGCCAGAACGCCAGCGUGCGCCAAUACUUUUCCAAUCAGCUUCAGAUUUCCGUGACGACUUUCUUUGACGAGAUCUACGACCGUGGUGAUGGUGCAGCUGUAUGCCUGGACACGGUGGUUUUGGACCCCAACGUGUGGCCGUCCGAGGACACCCGUUCACACUGCGAGAGUGAGCUCUUCCAGCUUUUCUUGGCCAAGCUGAUGGAGUCUGGCCAUGACCUGGAUGGUCGUGCUUUGAAAGGCAUCACCCGAUUACUCGCGGUCGAUGCGGGAAGCCUGCAACACCUGGUUGAUGACGAAGGAUUCGAAGUCAUCCUGACGUCGCUCGACAAUCGACUCCCGCUCGAGCUGCGUAGCCAAGCUACUUUGGCAACCGCGAAAUACCUCGAGGUCUCGAAGGAAACUGGCGAGAAGCAAUUCUCGGCACUGAUCACUGCAAUGAUCGGCAAGGGUCGUUUGAACGAUCUGAUCAUUGCGUUCUCUGCGGUAGCUGCUGUCUUCCCAGUAGUUCCCACGGCAGCAGUGAGCAUAUUCUUAUCUGACGAUUUUAUGAAUGCGUUGACUCCGCUCGCGACCCGAGAUGCGACACGCAAGAAGGUGGAGGUUUCUAUAUUGGAGCUGCUGAACGCAGCAUGCAUCAAUCGUCCUUGUCGGGAAGCGGUUACCAAAAAGUUCUCUGAAUGGCUUUCGCACACCUUGACCAACGGCAGUGACGAAGGAUCAGAGCUGGCAGCGGUGGUUUUGGCGAAGAUUCGUACUUCGGAAACCAUCCAGUCCUCUACCAAGAACGGUGAGGCCCAGGAGGAGAAUACGGGAGUCACCGACUUGGUGCAACGAUUCAAGGGACUAAUGUCUGAAUCCAAGGUUGAAAAUAUUUCGCAUGCCAUUGAGGGCUUGGCCUACUCGUCGGUGCAGCCUUCCGUCAAGGAGCAGCUAGCCAAGGACCCUACGUUUAUGCGCGAUCUAAUUAGCGUUUUGAAACAACACAAAGCCGACUCCUCCGUGCUCUACGGCGGCUUAAUGAUCAUCCUGAACCUCACCAAAUUCCUUCCCAAUCUUUCCGACGAGCAAAAGAAGAUGUCACAGCUGAAGAACUACGCGGACGCUUCUGCCGGCAAGGCGCGAGCUCCUACCGACCCCCGAGACGCAGAUGACGCAGUAUUGGAGCGCUGCGGUAUUGUUAUUGAUGCGGGAAUUAUGGCCCUCCUGGUGGACUGUGGCCGAGUUGCUUUACCUUCGACCAACGACCUCACUGCUAAGAUACUGUUGGCCCUGGCACGGCGGCCAAAGUCACGAGGAACUCUGGCCCAACAGGGUGCCGUUAAACUCCUGCUGGGUCUGUCGAUCCCUAAACAGGGCCAGUCUGUCGGCCACACCGAGACAACUCAGAAUGCGUCGCAUGCGCUGGCCCGGAUCCUUAUCUCAGUCGACCCUUCACAUGUCUUCCCGUCGACUGGGUUCCCUCAGGCGACCUCUCCCGUACGCCCUUUGCUUUCGCUCCUGGCCUCUCCAGAGGGUGCUACGAUCUCUGUGGACCAACCCCGCGACCUCCUGCCCGUGUUUGAGAGCUUGCUUGCUCUGACUAACCUUGCUUCCUAUCCACGGGAUGAUUCCCCGGCCGAAUUGAUCGUGCGGGAAGGCUGGUCGGUCAUCGAAGAACUCCUCCUGGCUAGUAACUCUCGUGUGCAGCGGGCUGCCUGCGAACUGGUUUGCAAUUUGAUGACCUGUGAAUCAGGCAUCAUCAAAUUCGCCGAUGCUACCAAGCGGGCCUCGCAGCGACUGCACAUUAUGCUCGCACUUACCGAUGCGGACGACAUGGCCACCCGACGAGCAGCAGGCGGUGCGAUCGCCAUGCUCACCGAGUACGAUGCGGCAGUGGCGGCAGUGUUGGAGCGACCGCGUGGAGUGGAAUUGUUGCUGGGUCUGUGCCAGGAGGAGGAUGACGCUCUGGUUCACCGGGGUGUUGUUUGCGUGCACAACCUCACUACGGCCUCCGGUGACAUUGGAGCUCGCGCCAAAGCCGCGGUUCAAGCUGCCGGGGGUAUUGAUGUUUUGACUUCGUGCCUCAAGAAAACGUCCAACCCGGCAGUGUUGCAGACCGGCGUGGAGGCAUUGAAGCCGCUCGUGCAACCGCAGGCGUAA